CGAGCGACUGUAGCAGGACUCCGAGCAUGGAGCCUAUAACGUCGUGGAGCGAAGAGAGAGUCAGCGAGUGGCUCCAAGGUCUGGAUGCCCCCCUGCAUCAGUAUAUGUUGUCAGAGUGGCACCUGUCAGGUGUGGAACUGCUCCAGCUGACUUCUCCUGAUCUGGAGAGGUUUGGGGUCCGUAAGAUUGGACACCAGGAGCUCAUCCUGGAGGCCGUGGAGAAGCUCUGCUCCCUGACUUAUGGUAUAGGAGGAGAGAACCUGCGUGGUCUGACAGAGAAGCUGCGUGCCGUUGCCCACGCCCUGCAGAUGGGCAUCCAGGGCCGCUGGCGCCUCAACACCUAUGACGGACGCAGCACCACCAAGCUGCCUACCUGCAUUCUGCAGAUUGUUGUGGAGCUCAUCACCUCUGCCAAAGGCCUGUUCUCUUUGCUCAAUAGACACCAGUUUGCCCAACUCAGUGGCUACACCACCACCAAAAACAUCUUCACUUACUGCAAAGAGCUGGGAGACAUUGUGCACAAGCAGGACACCACAGUCUAUGAAAAGGAAAAGGACAUCAUCUCCGUGGGUCGUCAGCUGGUCGCAGUUUGCGAUGACAUCCUGAACUCCAGCCCUGAAACACUCCUUACCCACACUGCUCAGCUGGAGAGCGUCGACCUAGUGCCUGUGUCUCCUGAUGAUCAGCUGGGGAUCGAGAUAACGUCCACCAGCUCGAGUAACCACUACGUGACUGGAACCGCUGUCGAGCCGUCCGAUGAUGUUUUUGUCAAGAUCUUGGCUGGUGAUGAAGUGGUUCAAGUCAAUGGCCAAAUAGUGGUGGGCUGGAGCAGAGCAAACCUUGUCAAGAAGCUUCGAGAGAAUCCCAAAGGAGUGACUUUGGUCUUGAAGAAGAUCCCUGGAUCAGUGCGACGCAAAGACUCAGUCCAGGUCUCCUCCGUACAGAGGGAGGAAGAGGAGAAAAAAGAACGGCCAGAGGAGGAAGAAGACAAGGACGAGGAGGAGAAUCCAAGGCACUCCAUAUUUGAGAGGGUUGCAGCAUCUGUCAGGUCCCUGUCUUUUAGGCGAGCUAUCCACGGGCCAGAGGUACAGCAGCAGCCUAUGGGACAGGAGGAAUCAGAGUUGGCCACUGACAAGGAGCUGGAAGGGAGCCUGACUCUAACUUAUCAAAACCAGCAGGGGUGGCUGUCACCUCUGUCAACCUCAGGAGAGCUCGAGAGUUUGGACCAUCUACGACUCUCCCCGAGACUCCCUGGUAGCUCACCCAGAACCACCCCACCCAGAACUCCUUCACCCUUGAGUUUUGACUCAUUCAGAAGUCCAUCACCUAAAGGAGUCAACCAGGACACAGCCAGCAUCAGCUCCUGCCCUGAAAUGGUGGGACACACAGGGAAUAAGGACACAAAGAAGAGCUCUACUAAAGGAAUGACGACGGCUCUGAGUCGACGUCGUGUGUCCUGCCGUGAGUUGGGUCAUCCCGACUGCGAUGGCUGGCUCUGGAAGAAACGAAGGGAGAGUAGCGUCUUCCUCGCCCAGAAGUGGCAACGCUUCUGGUUUGUCCUCAAGGGGCCUUGUCUUUACUGGUACACCAGCCAACAGGAUGAGAAGGCGGAGGGUCUGGUCAAUAUAGCCAGCUACAGUAUAGAGAGUGCCGGAGAGCACAAAAGAAAAUAUGUAUUCCAAAUGUGCCACCGGAAGUUUCAGAACUUCUUCUUUGCCGCUGAUCACGUCAGCGACAUGGGCAAGUGGAUUAACUGUCUGAUUACAGCCAUACAGAAGCACAAAAAGUUGAGAGGCCCAGACAGUGAAGAAGAAUACUACAGCGAAACUGAAUCAGAGGGCGAAUCGUCUCCGUCACCUCGCAGGAGAAACAAGAAGGUUCAGUGCCACACUCUGCCUCGCCCCAAGGGGAAGACAAGCAAGAUGCCAAUAAUGAGUCCUUCAACAGAGGGCAGCAAAGGAACAGGCGUCCCAGUAGAUGAAAUGGGAAUGUUGUUAAACAACAUAAAGGAAGGAGGAGUUUCUCUGAUCGGCCACGAGCAGCCGUUUACGCACGACCACUUCAGGAAGUCAUUCAUCCGACGCAACAAGAACCCUGUCAUCAACGAGAAGGCGCACACACUCCGUGCUCUGCAAAGCACUCUGAAGGCCAGAGAAGCAGAGUUGCAGCAGAUCAGCAAGAUCCUGGACGACUCUGAUCUGACGGCUUCAAAGUACCGCCAGUGGAAGGAGCACAAUGAGGAACUAGUUCAAGAGAUUGAGAGAUUGGCCGCACUCAAGGUCUCCGGAGCAGGGGAUGUUGCGGUAGUGCAGGACACACCUACCGAGGAGGUUGCCUUGGAAACUGUCACUAAGGAAACAGCGGCUGCAGAGACAGAAGGCGCAUACAGACUAAGCCUGAGUGACGGGGAGCAGUUAGUUGACGCAGAGCCAUCUGAUGUUCUCCUGGAGAUCCCACAGGUCUCCUCAAGCACAGAGACCAGUCCAGUGUUAGAACUCUCUCUGGGAUCACUGCAGGAGUCAAUAAACAAGCAGGUGAGCGAAAUGGCAGAAAGUGGAGAAGCUGCUGAGAACUAUUUCUACAUCUGAGACCACUGGAAUGGUCACAACAACUCAAAGUUAAAAAAAAUCAGACAAAUCACUGAUCAUGCAGCAUUGUGAGACAUUGUGUUUUCUGACGACAUUCGCCUGAAAGGAUUAGUCAAAAAUUGCUGGAAAAUAAAACUCUAAUCAAGUAUACUCAUGAAAUGCAUCAGUACAGGCUUGUGGGUCUUUUUCUAUAGCAAACAAACUUAGUUUACAACAGCAAAGUGAACAAUUUGCCAAGUUUCAAUCUGAGUUCAGUAUGUAUUUAUGGAAUUCUAAGGUUGUCGGCUAAUGAUAAAAAAAGAAAUAUCAAGUAGGACUUUUCUUGGAAUUCAGUGAGAAUUUGUAGUGUAAGUAAUGCCUAAUGUGAUAUGUAAAUACAGUUUUACCAUAAUUACUGUCUGCAUUUGUAUAUUGAAGUCACCUUAAUAAAGGUACAUUUGAAAAAUGUUGCACAGGACAUUGACUGAUAUUGCUCCCAAACGACAGAAAGGUUUUUACCCUUUUUGAGCUCUUUCAGCCAUGUGGAGAACAUCUCACUUCCCCGCAUGUGCACUGGUGUAUAUGAACCAUAUGGCAGAGCUCCAAACAGCUCCUUAUUGUACAUGUCAUGAAUGCAGCAAGAUAAAUGAAGAGUUCUGAAGAGCUGAGACAACAGAUGCGGCCUCACUCAAUUUCCCUGUAGUCAUCAUUGGCUUAUUGGGUCGCUGAGAUGUGUCGUGAUGUUCCUGCUGUAGCUAAAGGUUGGGUCCUGGGUCCUAACCCAGGUGACUGAAAGGAGAAUAAGUGACAACCUUGAUGUAAAAGGCAACACAGGGUUGUAGAUGUGUACGUCUGUCUGCUGUACAUUGGAUUCAGCUUGUUAAGCCUUUUGUAUUCUGCUCCAUGUGUGAGUCCUCUGUAAUCUGUUCACCGAAGGUCGCAGCAAACUGUUUCUUUACAGCUUGCUGGCUCCUUUUUCUUGCUUGACCAGGUCGCCAGGUUGUUUUUGCAGCUUUCAAAACUGUCUACAAUACAGCAGUGAAGUUUGCCCUUGAUGGUUAAUAAGUUUUCACAUUCAGUGCUUUCAGUAAGAAGUUUGAAGUCUGAACCACUCGCUGAAAAGCAGCAGAGUGUGUGGUUUGCGACAGACUGACGCAUUGUGCAGCAAAACAUGAAAAUUCUGUGUUUUUUCAUAGAGGAGCUCAAAAAAAUAAUGAAAUAUCAAUUUCUUUUGAAAAAAUUCCACCUAGUGCUUUCAUUCACUGUCCUUUUGUCUGAUUAACCAUGACACAUUCUGUCACUAACUGAAUGUCUUUGUUUGCUGCUGACUGAAGCAACUGAAUUGUUCAUUUCCUCAUCAGGUUAUGACCCGUUUGCUGCAUUCAUAUCUAAGAUCUGUCCACACAAUGAGGCUGUUUCUGAUAAUUCGCAGGCUGCAGUGACCCUGUCUGCGGUGCGUUGGCUGGCACAGUAUCUCUGAACUCUCAGCUUUAUGUUGCCACAAUAAACUUGAAUACCUUUGCAUCACUUAAAA